GACGUUAAAGGGGGGUGGGGCGGCGAAACUCAGAAACGACUCGAACAACAAAACACGAUCCUACAACCUUCUGGCAUGUAGUUUAACGUCUUAUAUUAUACCUCGGAUCUCAUAGUGGAGUGGACGAAGGCGUAGGAGACCACUCGGGGGUGAUGUGUGAACCGCGGUGUAGUUUAUAAUAAUCCGCUUUAGAGUGUUUAAGCGUUUGAAUAGUUUGUUAGCUCGCUAGCCUGACAGCUAACUGUCGAUAAACGCUGCGAAGCAAAAUCAGGGUAUUAACUCUUGUAUUGGUGUUUCGGUAUUUUAAAAACUAGUAUCCCACGUUUUGUUAACAGUGGUGUAAACCUGUAGUGAUGAGACUACAGACGGACACGAAUGAAACAGUGAAACCCGCCGUCUGUGUAAUGUCUGCAAACCAGUCUGUCGUUUGCACGUAACGUGAGUCUUGAACCAGUCAGGUUUCAGAGUAAAUCUUUCUACUCAAAACAGUUAACUGUAAUAGAAUUGUCUUUAUUUUGUAUUAUUUGGCUUGAAAGACAUUUUGUUGCAUAUCCGUGACUAAUACUGUGAGUAGUUUGACCACUGGACACUGACACCAUGCCUCUGGUGUUUCUGGAGAGAUUUCCUUGGCCCAGUUUACAGACCUACACCGCUCUUAGUGUAGUGCUGCUGGCUGGGACUUUGUUAAGUGCCUACACAACUGUGACAGAGACUGAAGCGCCAACUUCUGAUGAAACUCCGAGCAGCUCCACAAACCAAAUUAAAGAGGAUAAAGCCGACCGUCAUGGGAAGGGGGCCACAUCUAUGCUGGUCAAUCUCAGCUCAGACAGCCUGUUUGUUUGGGUUCUGGUGAAUACCGCAUGCUGUGUCCUCAUGCUGAUUGCCAAAGUGAUCCAGUGCAUUGUUUUCGGUCCUCUGAGGGUCAGUGAGAAACAGCACUUGAAGGAUAAGUUCUGGAACUUCAUCUUCUAUAAAUUCAUCUUCAUAUUUGGCGUACUGAACGUGCAAAGCGUGGAAGAAUUGGUGCUGUGGUGUUUGUGGUUCGCCGUUCUAAUUUUCGUUCAUCUUAUGGUCCAGCUCUGUAAAGAUCGCUUUGAAUAUUUGUCCUUUUCUCCGACGACCCCUAUGAGCAGUCAUGUGCGAGUGCUGUCUCUUCUGGUGUCUAUGCUGCUGUGCUGUGGAGGUCUAGCUGUGCUUUGUGGCCUUGUUGGCCAUUUCCAUAGCAUGCAUACUGUUGCCUUUAUGACUGCUGAGUGUUUACUUGUUACAGUGCGCACUGGACAUGUUCUUACAAGGUACUCGAUUCACUUGUGGGACCUGAACCAUGAAGGCACAUGGGAGAGCAAAGGCACCUAUGUCUACUAUACUGACUUUAUUAUGGAGCUCACUCUUCUCUGCCUGGACUUGAUGCAUCACAUCCACAUGCUGCUCUUUGGAAAUAUCUGGCUGUCAAUGGCCAGCCUGGUGAUCUUUAUGCAGCUUCGCUACCUGUUCCAUGAGGUGCAGAGGAGAAUCCGUCGCCACAAAAACUACUUGCGCGUCAUUGAUAAUAUGGAGUCCAGAUUUGCAGUAGCGACCCCAGAUGAGCUUCUUGCCAAUAAUGAUGACUGUGCAAUCUGCUGGGACUCAAUGACCUCAGCAAGGAAGCUGCCCUGUGGACACCUUUUUCAUAGUUCAUGUCUCCGCUCAUGGCUAGAGCAAGACACGUCCUGUCCAACAUGCCGCAUGUCACUGAACAUUAACGAGGGCAUGAGCGAGAGGGGGGAGGGGCAGAGGGCACCAGUCGAUGGCAACCUGGCUGCAGGGCCUGGAAAUGAUGUCAGACCUCACCUUAACCAUCAUAACCACUUCUUUCACUUUGAUGUUGCACUCCUAAUGUCACCACUUCUGUUAGGCUCACGAAUUGCUAGCUGGCUCCCAAGUUUCUCUGUAGAAGUUAUGCAUACAACAAGCAUCCUGGGCAUCGCACAAGUCAACAACUCGCAGCUCAAUGCCAUGGCUCAUCAGAUACAGGAGAUGUUCCCCCAGGUUCCUUACCAUCUGGUGCUCCAAGAUUUGCAACUCACUCGCUCUGUGGAGGUCACAACGGACAACAUCUUGGAGGGCAGGAUCCAGGUGCCUUUUCCUGUUCAGCCCCUGGAACGAGCACCGGUUCAGAUGGUCCCAACCCCGGAGGAGCCUGCAGGAGCUAGCGGGGGUUCAGAUUCCACCACUGCAGAGACAGAGGACCUUGAAAUACGUGGCAGCCGCUUCUCAAAAUCUGCAGAUGAGAGACAGCGAAUGUUGCACCAGAGGAAAGAAGAGCUGCUGCAGAGAGCACGCAGGCGCUAUCUGAAAAGCAGUGUAGAAGAAGCUUUCACCACUUCUGGUGCUGCGUUUGAGGACGAGGAAGACGAGGAGGAUAAUGAUUAUUUCACAUCCUCUUUCGAGGACUCCCGUUCAGACCCUGUGACAUUGCGUCGCAGGAUGCUGGCAGCUGCAGCUGAGAGACGUUUGCAUGGGCAUGGGAACACACCUAUCUGAGGGGUAACCCAUUGGGUUCUGCCACAUCUUCAUCUUUCCAUGGCUGUCUCUGUGAUGAAAGGGGAAAUGAGCUCCUGGUCAUGUUCAUCUCAAAUAAAGCCAAAUCAUGCAUGACACUCACCUGUGCCAUGAUCCAGCCAUGGCCAAUAGUAGCAGACCAACUGGUUUCAUAGGUUUCAGUGCUCACUUUGUUUUAAGACUUGUCUGCCAUGUACUUUUCAUAUGAUGCACCUGCUUGGCUGUGUCUAUGAAAAUAAAGGCUAUGCAUGUGUCGUUUA